ACGUGCGUUUUCCCACUAAACAAACGUGCCCUUAACGAGCAGAGCAAGUCCACCCGCCGCUUUGUCCCUUGUACAAUUCGCCGUACCCGAAAGUGAGAAGAACUAAAUUUCGAAAAAGAAAUGCAUUCGUACGGGUAUAGAGCAAACGGUGUGCUCUCAUUGUCAUUGACUAUUCUAGCCCUACUCUGCACUGUCGCCUCUCUCUCCGGCGGUAUUCUCAAUCUCCCUCCUCCUUCCGCCCAAGUUGAGGUGGUAAACAUCAAUUGGUUUCAGAAGCACCGAAGUGGAAACGACGAGGUCAGCUUGACAUUAAAUAUUUCAGCAAAUCUUGAGUCAUUGUUUACUUGGAACACGAAACAGAUAUUUGUCUUCUUAGCAGCUGAGUAUGAAACCCCAAAGAAUUCGUUGAAUCAGGUUUCUAUUUGGGAUGGUAUUAUACCAUCCAUAGAACAAGCAAAGUUCCGGAUUAACACCAUAAACAAGUACCGUCUUGCUGAUCAGGGGAACAACCUUCGGGGCAGAGAAUUUAACUUGACAUUGCAUUGGCAUGUCAUGCCCAGGACAGGCAAAAUGUUUGCCGAUAAAAUAGUUAUGACAGGAUAUCGCAUGCCCCAUGAGUACGUAUAAAGGAUCUUUUCUGUGUAUUUUAAGUUCUUAUAGGAUGGGAAUUAAACAAUUACACUAUAAAGAAAUAUCACAAAAUUUUCAAAUUGGGUGAAAAGCUUAUCAGGAAGAGACUUCCCUUGAGGUUAUACGCUGGCCCACUCUUUCGUCUUAGCAAUCAAUUGCUACCUUCAAAAACGUUGUCACUUCAACAUUGACGCAAAUUGUUUUGUACCUAAUUUGCAUCCUAUUUUAUAUUUUGAUCUCAUCUAUUUGUAUUCUGAUCAUAUAUGUUUUGUAUCUUUAUUUAACGAUCUAGAUUUCAUAAUAUAUGAUCGAGAUUGUAUGUUUGAUUGAUGCAAA